GUCAGCUGACUCGAAAAAUCCCUGGAGAGGGGCCGCCGCGCCUACAAAAACAGGGAAGGCGGCCGGGCGCGGCGUCGCGGCCUCCCAGUGGCGGGACCCACCGGCCUGUAGCGUUUCCCCCCUCCUUCCCUACGCCGCCAUCGCCGCCAUGGGGCCCCGCGGCCUCCUCCUGCUGCUCGCCCUGGCGGGGCCCUGCGCGGCCCUCAUCAGGAUCCCCCUGACCAAGUUCCCCUCCAUGCGGCGGGUCCUGAACGAGGUGGGCAGCGAGAUCCCAGACAUGAACGCCAUCACCCAGCUCCUCAAGUUCAAGCUGGGCUUUGCCGACCUGGCUGAGCCCACACCGGAGAUCCUGAAGAACUACAUGGAUGCGCAGUAUUAUGGUGAGAUCGGCAUUGGAACCCCGCCACAGAAGUUCACCGUAGUCUUCGACACCGGCUCCUCCAACCUCUGGGUGCCAUCCGUGCACUGUCACCUCCUGGACAUCGCCUGCUUGCUGCACCACAAGUAUGAUGCCUCCAAAUCCAGCACCUACGUGGAGAAUGGCACUGAGUUCGCCAUCCACUACGGGACGGGGAGCCUCUCUGGGUUCCUCAGCCAGGACACUGUCACACUUGGUAACUUAAAAAUCAAGAACCAGAUCUUCGGGGAGGCUGUGAAGCAGCCAGGCAUCACGUUCAUCGCUGCCAAGUUCGAUGGCAUCCUGGGCAUGGCGUUCCCGAGGAUCUCUGUGGACAAGGUCACCCCUUUCUUUGAUAACAUCAUGCAACAGAAGCUGAUCGAGAAAAACAUCUUCUCCUUCUACCUGAACAGAGACCCCACCGCUCAGCCUGGCGGCGAGCUGCUCCUGGGAGGGACUGACCCCAAGUAUUACAGUGGUGACUUCAGCUGGGUCAACGUCACACGCAAGGCCUACUGGCAGGUCCACAUGGAUGCGGUGGAUGUUGCCAAUGGGCUGACUCUGUGCAAAGGGGGCUGCGAGGCCAUUGUAGACACAGGAACCUCCCUCAUCACUGGCCCCACCAAGGAAGUGAAGGAGCUGCAGACAGCCAUCGGUGCAAAACCACUCAUCAAAGGCCAGUAUGUGAUCCCCUGUGAUAAGGUGUCAUCUCUGCCUGUUGUCACACUAACACUAGGAGGGAAGCCCUACCAGCUCACUGGAGAACAAUACGUCUUCAAGGUUUCUGUACAAGGAGAGACCAUCUGCCUGAGCGGCUUUUCAGGCCUAGAUGUCCCACCCCCUGGGGGCCCACUCUGGAUCCUGGGAGACGUCUUCAUCGGUCCCUACUACACCGUCUUUGACCGUGAUAAUGACUCUGUUGGCUUUGCCAAAUGUGUUUAAGCGCCUGAUCCCCACUGCCUCUGCCACACACACACUUAACACAUGCACGGGAGCCAUACAGAAGGAUUAGAAAUCCAGUGAGUGGAAAGGAAAAAAAAAAAUUAAAAAAGAAAUGGAACUAGAUUUAAAAUUACAUGGAAAAUAGUCAUUAGUGCCCUGCUAGCUACUUCUUCCCUUCCGUUGAGUAAGUGGUGCUGGGAUGUCUCUAGUUGACAACCCCAGCUGGUGUAGCCCCUUGCUUUACUGCUAGGUCUUCCAGUAUUUGUUUUUAAGAAUGAUUCUCAGAGCUGAACAAGGCCCUCUCAUGUCUCCCAGCUCUGGUCUCCUUCCUGGGGGGCAGCUGGCUGGAGCCAGCGCCUCUGUUCCCACAAGGAGGCUGUGCGGCUGCUCUUGGGUUUGGGCUUCUGCGCUGGGGAGGAGGGAGGGGGAGGGAUGUCCAGCACGUUAUUUACUACUUCUUGCUGUUUCACUGAUGAAGCGGGGGAGUGGGAGGCGGGGGAGAGCCCGUCUUCAUCACCCCUUCGUGAUGGGUUGAGGCAGUGACCACUAGGUCAUUUCUCAGUGGGUUUGUGCUGGCUUGGUGCUAAGUGAGCACAUCCUGGGCUGGAGUGACGGGGUCGCAGUAGCGUGCCCAAGGGUUGAGUUUCAGAGCCCAAGAGCUCUGCUGGUGUGUUUUUGUGUAGUGAUGGCACUAGUGAGAGAGCUGGAGGCAUGAUGCCCAUGUGCCUGACCUAAGAGGACAGUGAUUCGGGAGGGGGGCUCCAGUCAGUGGGACUCUGGGGAGUAUGAAUAUAAAGGGGGUCAAGAUAGGAUGUAAUAGAGGUCACUUGAAUUCAUGGCCAUGAAAACCUGGCUUUCUGCUGGGCAAAGUCACUUGACACAGGUUCUCUUGAGUUUGGGGAACUGCUGAGUUCCCCAAACCACGGAUCUUCCCAGCUUCAUCCACAGCCAGUGAGUUGAGAAUAAUGCUUCCUAAAGCAACUAAGUGAUCUGCAAGGUGAAAUCACACGGAUAAAAUCCAUAGAUGUUUCUUAGCCACAUAAGACCUUUUGGAAGCAUUAUUCACAGCAUUUGAACUGCCCAAACCUCAACAGACAGUUGGCAGAGCCGGCAAGCCCCCCAGGCAGGAGGGUGCCAUGGCAGCUUGGAUUUGCUUUCUGGGCUGCCCCAUCCUGAAACCCAACUACCUUUAGCACCCUUCUUACCUCCUUCCCACCUUACUAACACUGGUGAGAGCUCUGUUCACGUCUACUCUGUUGCAGACUGAGUGAGGCACAAUCCUGCUUUGGAGAGGUUGUAGCUGUUUUAGCUGCAUUUGCAGAUCCUUCCAGAGACCUGAGAUUUGCACAUACGGAGCUGCCUGCUUCACUGGGCUGGCGUCAGUAGGCAAACACUGGUGGAGCUAGGAGGACCAUCAAGUGAGUUUUAAGCAGUACUGGAAAGCAGAAGAGGGUUUGCCAAGAAUCCCAGCCUUCGCUGGGAGUAAGAGACUCUGUCCACUUUCCCAGUGUGCUGGAUCAGGUCCUGAAGUUAGGGAGUGGCAACAGGCGAGGGGCAAAACUGAGGGUGGCAAGAGGACCAGAUCACCACUGGCCAUGCCCCCAGACCAGGCGAAACGGCAAAAUCCUGGCUCCCCAAAACUCACUAAUAACCCUGUCAGCAGUACCAGUGGGGCCAAGGAAGUUCCCAAGAAAGGUCCUUGGGCAGUAGGUGAAUAGAUGGUUAUGCCCAGUGACAUGCAGAUACAUCAUUCCCAAUAUUGAAUUCACCACUAACAUGAGCGGCAAGGGUGGGGAAGAGGUCCCAAGGUGAGCUAUAGGAGGACAGUGAGCAUGUAGCCUGCAGAUGUCCCUUGUCCCCACCUGCUGCAGCUUAUCAGUUUGGCUUUAUAACCAUGCCUUAGAGUCUGCCAUGGGCAGUGGGGACAGGCCUGGAUGUACUUCUGAUGUGUGUAUUGUCACCUGCAACCCUGGAUGCAACAAAUGCUGCUCCCAAAGCUUGCUUCUGCCUGCUCAUAGUCUUCACUGCAACGCUGCGUCUGGACGCCUAAGGACAUCUGUUGCAGACUGGCUAGAGAACAGUAGUAUGUUACCAAAAAAAAAAAUCAUCAGCUAUUCAGCAUCUCUCCAAAGAGCCCUGGUUUCACAACAGUUAAGUGACCAGAGCUCCUCCAAGUCCUGCUACAUCAUCUUCCAACUGCAGGAUUUCUCCAGUGCAGCGAGACAGAGCCAGCCUCUCAGGCACCCGCUAAUCAGACCCGAUGCAGGGGGGGAAGCCUGACAUGGAGCUGGUGGUGGGUUCUGAACACCUUUGGCAUCAGAUUUAAACAGGACGUGCAGUGCAGCCCCAGAACGAGCUGUCAGGCUACAGUUCUGCUGGGCAUGCAAUGCCUUAUGUCGUCUGUGUUGUAGCCUCUUCCGUAGCCCAAGGCUGGGCUGAUGUCUGUCCUCAGGCAGGCAGGAGGCUGCUUCCUGGGGAAAGAGCACAGCCCAGAACGAUGCCCUGAGUGACAUACCCUAGAAUAGGCUGGAGGAGUGGUUCAUCGUAGUCUUCCCAGAAUGGGUCUCCUCCCCUUGUUCUUUUAGUUGCAUUUUUAAACCAAACUCUAACCAUGUGACUGUUGGGGUUUUUUAAUCUAAUUUGCUGUCAGAAUUACUGUCUCAUCAUAGAAAAUUGAAAAGAAAAUACAGUAUUUCCCCCCUUA